GGGACGUCGCCGACAGUGACAAAAUGAAACGCACAUUUUCUCCUGGAAACCAAUAGAAAACAUGAUAAAGUUAAACUUGGCGACCUGACAGCGGGUUUCCACAGUUUUUUUUUAUUAAAUAUGAUGCCCAACUUCUAUGAGCUUCUCAAAGUGGCAGAGACGGCCAGUUUUGAAGAGAUCAAAGGCAGCUACAAACAAUUGAUACUACAGUGUCAUCCCGACAAACUACAGCAGCAUGAUGGGGCUGACCCAAAUGAGGGAACGGUGAGAGUGGAGGAGCGAAAAGAUCAGAACCUGAGCGACUUCAACGCUAUAAACGAGGCCUGGAACACGCUUAAAGAUCCAAUCAAGCGUAAACACUAUGAUGCCGAAUUGCUGCAGUCCAAAUUUCAAGCGCACAACAACAUAUAUGCCCACAUAUCGAGUAGCGACAUGCGAAGCAUCCAAGUAGAAGUCACGGAAGAUGGUGGCGAGGCUGACGGUGACGCAGACGCAGACAAAGAGACGGUGACAGUGUGGAGCUAUGCGUACGACUGCCGCUGCGGCGGUCAAUAUCUGCUGGACGGAGCUGGAACCAUCGAUGAGUCACCCGGACAAAGCGGGCUAGUCACAAGUGACGCGAUUGUGGAGUGCAGCGAGUGUUCUUUGGUGAUUGUUGUGAAACAAUCUCCGGCAAUGUCUGAAUAAACACAUAACGAUGGAAUAACGAUAAACCUCCGUCGGAGACAAUGCCAAUGCAUUCGUGGCCGUGGCAGUGCGUAAUCCACGCCAACAGACGUCAACCUGGCUGGAAGCUGCAGCCUCACCAUUAGCAACCACCACAAGAC